GAGGCGCGCACAGACAGAAGAUGGCUGAAAACCAGAAAGAGGAAAAGGAGUAAAUAAAGUACUAAAUCUACCACAAUGCCAGAGAAGUGAGGAGGAGGACCGUUCCUGGAGCUGCUGCGGCCCAAAUUGCCCCGAAAACCGCCGGUUAUUUCCCAGCGGAACUUCUCCAUGAAACGCAGCAGUUUUCCAUCAUGCCUGUCGACAUGGCCUUCAGGAUCUGCCUUGCCAGCUCUCCUCCGCCUUAUUCUUUUCUCAGUAACCAUGACAAACACCGAUACACGUCAGCUACCGUGUCCCCAAGUUGUCAGCCACUGCGUUCAUGCCUGUCCUCUGGAUGCUGUAGCCCUGUCUCCCUGGAAACCCCAGCCCCUGCAGAAAACGUGCCACAGAAGAAGAUCCUGAGGAAGAGCGUGGUGUUCGCGGACUCUCAGGGACUGGCACUGACCACUGUUCAUGUCUACAACGAGGAAGAGGACGACUUUCAAGCUGAGCUGCAGUUUCACCUGACAGAGUUGGAGGAUGCUACUGAAGCACUGUGCCUGGAAGACGUUAAAGACUCAGAAGAAAGUGGUUCUGGCUUGGUUCUGGAUUUUACCCCACCAUCUACAGACUACCUGGACCUGAGAAACCGACUUAAAGCACAGCAGGUGUGUCUGGAAACCUGUGCAGUAAAGGACCAUUUCCUUUCUGGUACCAUCCAGGUCCGGAACAUUUGCUAUGAGAAGUCUGUUUUGAUCCGAAUCACGUUUGAUUCCUGGAGCUCCUUCCAGGAUAUCAAGUGCCAGUACCUGAACAAUGUCUACGGCUGCCCCGACACGGACACCUUUAGCUUCUCGGUCUCUGUACCACAGGACAUGGUGUCCUCCACUGGAGUGGAGUUCUGCAUCAAGUACCAGACCAGUGAUCAUACCUACUGGGAUAACAACCUUGGGAACAACUACCGGUUGAUGACGGCGGAUCCAACUGGCUGUCAAAACUGGAUUUUAAAAAGGAGCGUUGGGCAGGAGAUUCAGAGGCACGGCAGCACACAUAAGACAGACAAGAUGGAGUUUGAUCCAUUUGGAAGUCCCAGGACAUCAGCGGGUAUCUUCCCUGAGUGGCAAAGCUGGGGUCGAGUGGAAACCAGUGCUCCCUACUGGUGAGAGAAGAUUUUAAUUGGACUGGUUUUUAUCCCGCAGAGAUUCACCAGAGCCGGCACGUUAUCCUUUAGACCAAAGCACGUCCUUCCUUCAUUCCCUUCACCUCCUGCAGUUCUGAACCUGUUCUAGAGAACCGCUCACCUGCUACCGUCUAGGUCACAGAGCCAGAACCGAAGUGGCACCAGAACCUCAAAUGGAAUAAAAGAAACACAGAACUCUGCUGCAAAAAACAAAACAAUCAAAUGGCAGAAAAUAUCUGAAUAUAAAAUCCCCAGGAUGAGUCCGGUUUCAGAGCCAUCAUACAUUUGGACCUGACAGUACUAGAAAACUAACCAAUGCUUGAAGGGGGUUAAAAAAUAGAGGUCCCUUUGUGAAACAAGUCUCCAAACUUUAAAAAUAUGUAGGUAGAAAAUUUAAAGGGACAUUUGGUGGAUAUUUAGGAGAAGUCUGAUAUGACCUACAAAGCCUCAUAGUAAGUUCUAAAACUCCUAACUUCCAUUACUGUUCAGGUUAAUUUCUAAAACUGACCUCAGAUCCUCAGGACUUCAUCUAAGUCUAACUUCUGCUUCAUUGCAAGUCACGGAAGGAAGACUCCAAAGAGCCAUGCUUAGUUCUCUUCAUGCCGUCGCGUCAAACGGUUUCUGAUCCUCUGGAACCAGAGCCACAUAAAAGUUGCUGAUCAAAACAGUCAUAAUGGGUUCAAGAUUCUUGGAGAAUAAAUCUUUUCCUACAUCCACCUUUCAGAGGUACAUUAUGUUCUCAUUUGAAGCCAUGAUUAAAACCAGUUUUACAGUUGGGCUUUAGACUGGCUCUGUUGAGAGGAUGUCCCAACCCUAAGCUAACAGGUCAGGAGUGUUACCACGUCUUCAGAACUCUGGUCUUGUACCAAACUUGCCCCAGAACCAAGAUUGGAACUAAAGAAAAAAUGAUUAUGGUCUGUGCUUGUUGUAUUGUAUCAUGAGUAUGUAGCGGUUUCACAUUUUGGAAUUUCGCCAAUCCUUAAAACUUUGUUUGUGUGCUGAUGCAGCGUCUGGUUUCCACAGCAACCAGCAGGUCUGUUUUGACUUUAAGACACUUUAUGAUAGGAACAUUUCUGGGAACACAGACUGAGAUUCUGACCAGACUGUACUUGAACUAAGAGGAACCAGUGAGAAGCUUUUAAUGUAUUCGAUUAAUCAACCACUUUAUGGUCAGAACCAGUCAUUUAGAACAAGGCAGAGCUACUAAAUUGAUAACUAGGAGAUCCAGCCCAGGUGGAACAGGUGGUUUAGGUGUUUCUCUACAAAGUUUUAGCUUUAGUUAUUUGUCGAAUCGCCACUUCUUGUUGUCACGAUAUCUACUGUAACUCACCUUCCUGAAGCCUUUAAUACCUGAAAACACUGCAGUGCUCUAACCUGUUGGUAUGUGUGUGAGAGAGAGACAUGAUGUAUGAGGGGAAAUGUGUUUAGGUGAAUGUCAAUGUUAUUGUUAGCCUGCAGAAGCUGAGAUAUUCAGGCGGGCACUGAAGGCCUUGUGCUGCGUUCAGGUACCAGCUGUUGCAGCUUCAGGGUGGGUAUUGUCACAGAAUGUAGCACAUUGAUGAUGUUUAACUUUGCUUUGGAUGUCACUGUAACAGACUGAGUAUGAUGAUAUAAUGUAGCUCCCUGCUCUAACAGGAAGUGAUGUUUCCAUGAGGGCUAAUUUAUCCUUUUGUGUUUAUCCUUUCAGAGUAUAAUAAAGUUUAAUAAAGUUCAA